AUGGUUUUUGACUCUUCAGCUAUUUAUCAAGGAUAUUCAUUGAACUCUACCUUGCUACAAGGACCGGAUCUUACUAACAAUCUACUAGGUGUCCUUUUACGUUUUCGCAAGGAACGUGUAGCCAUCACAGGAGAUAUAGAACAGAUGUUUCAUAUGUUUCACAUUGAUAAAGAACACAGAAAUUUCGUUCGUUUCAUUUGGUUUAAAGACAAUGAUCCUACUAAGUUUCUUCAAGACUACAGAAUGUGUGUACAUCUAUUCAGGAAUUCACCAUCACCCGCUGUCGCCACAUACUGUCUUCACAGAUGCGUAGAGGAACCUUGUGAUAUUGAUGUGAAAUAUUAUGUUACAAGAAACUUUUAUGUCGACGACGGACUGUCAUCUUAUGACACAGACAAUGAAGCUUUAGAAAUUCUGUUACGGACACAGCAGAUUCUAAGAGAUAGAGAGAAAAUUAGAUUUCACAAAUUUGCUUCCAAUAGCCAAAUUGUCAUGGAUUCUUUACCACCAGAGGACAGAGCAAAAGAUAGUGCUGAAAGGAAUGAGCUCCACACUUUUGCAGAUGCGUCAGUAAAGGCUAUAUCUGCUGUCACAUAUAUCAAGGUUAUAAACAAGGGAACAACUUACCUAGGAUUCGUAACUGGAAAAUCUAAGCUGGCCCCUCAUCAUGGACAUACAGUCCCAAGAUUGGAACUUUGCGCCGCUCUCUUUGCUACUGAGAUAGCUUCUUUUGUUGAAAACCAGCUUGAUUCUCAGAUUCACGACAUGAGAUUCUACACUGACAGUCGUGUCGUUUUAGGCUACCUAUACAACAAGACCAGGAGAUUUCAUACAUAUGUGUCAAAUCGAGUCCAACGGAUACUUACCAAUUCAAAGACAGAACAGUGGACCUUUGUGGCAUCAGACCAGAAUCCAGCUGAUGUAGGAACACGUUCUAUUCCUGCAAAUGAACUUGCAACAUCUUCAUGGUUAACAGGGCCAAAGACUAUUUUGGAUCAUAACCAACAAGAUUCUUCAAAAUACCCAUUAUUGGACCCAGAUAAUGACUGUGAAAUCAAAAAGACUGUCACUGUUGUAAAAACAAAUAUACAUCAUGGUUUGAACACAAACAUGUUCACAAGAUUUUCAACCUGGAACUCUUUAAUUCGAGGACUAUCAUUCAUGCGUAGCGCUAUUCGCCAGAAACUCAAGCUUCAAGAGCUCAGUCAAACAAAGCUUUACCAAAGUAUGGAAAAGAUUGUUAUCAAAAGUGCACAGUUUGAAGCUUAUGGACAGGACAUAGAGAGACUUAAAGAGCAUAAACCAGUCACUAAAGGUAGUCUGCUACAAAGUCUAACCCAUAUCUGGACAGUGAAGGUUUGCUUCGAAAAGUUACGACGCAAAGUGGAAACACAAAAAAUAGGGAACUUACCUGAUUUUCCAUGCAAGCAAUCACCACCAUUCACUUAUGUGGGAGUCGACACUUUUGGACCCUGGGAGGUAACAGCUAGGAAUACAAGAGGAGAAGUUGCUAAUGCUAAAAGAUUGGGAAUCUUACAUGUUUGA